AUGAUGCCCUGGUCAUCGUUUGUGCAAAAGGCACAAUCACUGAUUGAUCCGGCCAACUUUAACAUUCCUUCUCUCUCCUCAAAUGACGACAACCCCUCGAAAGCCUCCCUCUUCCGUCAGCAAUUCCGUCUCCCCGAUUCUCAGAACCCCUUACAAGAAAUCACUGCAGAUCUUGUUCUCCCACUUCCAACUUCGUCCUCAGGGUCCGGGGAAGCCUCUCGUCGAGCUGAAAAGGCCGGAAAUCGGUACACAGGACGCCUUCACUUGAGCGAACGAUUCAUCUGUUUCUCGACGCAACCUACCAGCUUUCUGCCUUCAUCUACACUCAGUUCUUCUACUACCUGGACAGGCCAGACCCAUGGGACUGGGCCCUCUGGAAAUGGCUUCACAUUGCCACUUUCAUGUAUCCGCCGGGUCGAACGACUUCACAGCGCCACCCAUGUCUUUUCUCUGGCAUUGACGACAUGGAAUGGUCUUUUGCACAAGCAACAAGAGCCCAACCUUGUACCCCAACGUCUUAUUCUGCAACUGGUCGGCAGCAGGCAGGCCUGCGAACGUUUUUGCGACUGCUUGAAGAAGGGUCUACGGGAAGCUAUGAAGGAGGUCGACAACUUGCGGGCGGUGGUAACGGAUUGCUAUUCGGAAUACCUGCUAUCAGGCGCAAAGCCAAGCUCAAAGGAGGAAACCGAUCCUAAUGCUCGACAACCUCCUGAUGCCGGACUGGGUAUGCUUUUCCGUUAUCCUGGUGAUGCACGCAAGCUUCGAGACCGCAGCAAGAUGAGACUCUGGGGCGAAUAUUUCAGAGAGAAUGGACGCAACACCACACUUGUUCGCCAACCAACCUUCCACAAGUUGAUUCGCGUCGGUCUGCCUAAUCGGUUACGCGGAGAAAUCUGGGAGCUCUCCUCGGGUUCUUUAUUCCUCCGUGUUCGUUCUCCAAAGCUUUACGAGGAGACAUUGGUCAAGUUCGAAGGACAGGAAUCUCUUGCGAUUGAUGAAAUCGAAAAGGAUCUGAACCGAAGUUUGCCCGAGUAUCCUGGAUUCCAGAGUGACGAAGGUAUUAGCCGUCUACGACGAGUCCUUACAGCGUAUAGUUGGACCAACGCCGAGAUCGGUUAUUGUCAAGCAAUGAACAUUGUAGUGGCAGCUCUGUUAAUAUACAUGUCUGAAGCACAGGCGUUCUUCCUACUUUCGGUACUUUGCGAUCGCCUCUUACCUGGCUAUUACUCCACCACCAUGUACGGCACUUUACUCGACCAGAAAGUGUUCGAGUCUUUAGUAGAGAAGACCAUGCCUGUUCUCUGGGACCAUCUCGCCAAACACGAUGUACAGCUUUCCGUGGUUUCCCUCCCAUGGUUUCUUUCACUCUAUAUCAACUCGAUGCCACUCGUCUUCGCAUUCCGAGUACUAGAUGUGUUCUUUCUAGAGGGUCCUAAAGUUCUUUUUCAAAUUGGUCUUGCAAUUCUGCGAAUUAACGGCGAGGAACUUCUUGAUAUUCAAGACGACGGCUCUUUUAUCUCUGUGCUCAAGUCCUACUUUUCGAAGUUGGAUGAAUCCGCCCAUCCCAGAUCGGAAAACCCGAAACUGCGGGCCAUUACCAGAUUCCAAGAAUUGAUGGUCGUGGCAUUCAAGGAGUUCUCUGGUAUCACACAUAGCACCAUCACGGAGCAGCGGGAUAAACAUAAGGGUGCUGUCCUGGAAAAUAUCGAGAAUUUUGCGAAGCGCACCUCGAUUCGCAAUCUCGGCCCUGAAAGCAAGCGUCUAAGUGUGGAUGAUCUCGGUACUAUCUACGAUCGGUUUUACGAGAUUCUCUAUCAAUGGCAGCAGCAACAGAAGCUGCUUGAAGAUGAGCGCAGACGGCAGGAAAAGAAGAAAUCCGAAAGAUUCUCCAUUCUUGGACCCCCUGUGGACCAGGAGAUGGGUCGUGUUGGCCUCGGGCCCAGCCCGACUCAUAUGGACUACGAUGCAUUCCGUGAUUUCUUAGCUGCUACUGCCAAGUGGGCUGCAUCAGAUACCCCUGCAUCUUCGAGAAAGGACUCUCAAGGAUACAGUAGUCUCAAGGGGAACAAGUCGUUGCUUUGGGCCAACCGACACCAGCCCGCCGAUCAUGAAUUCAUGCAACGCCUUUAUCGCAAGUGGUCUACUGACCCUGAGGAGGGGCUGAAUCUUCAGAUGGUUGUGAACGGUCUGGCUCGUCUCAAGGGAUCGCCGGAUAUCAUGAACAAUAUCAACUACUUCUUCAACUUAUAUGAUGAUAGUGGUAACGGCCAAGUCGAUCGAGAGGGAAUUCUCAAGAUCUCCGAAGCCCUCUUGUUCCUUUCUCGUCGUGGUUUCGAAGGUACAAUAACUGCUACUCCGUCGACGGAAGAUCUGCACGGCCGCGAUGACAGGAACAGCCUUACCACGGAUGAAAAGUUCCUUGGAAGUGUGAGCGCGUUUAUUCGUCGCUGUUUUGAAUAUGCGGAUCCUAGCCAUCCUGAGAAUCAGAAAGCUGCUGCCCAGGACGAUGCUACCGCUGAGGCUACCGAGAAGCUUGAUUCUUUCACCAUCGGUGACGAAGAGGAAGAUCUCAUUGAUGUCGACGGUGAUUCUACUUCCAAGGAGGCUGAAAGUACCACCGCGAAAUCCGAGAGUAGUGAGAAGACUCGACCUCGAUCUGAAUCUGCCAACCCAGCUUUGGACCCUAAUAACCCUCUUCAUAUCACCCUUCCAACCUUCCGCAUGGUCGUCCUUGCCGAUGAACUUCUCGAGCAAUUCUUUGAGUCUUACUUCCCCCAGUCCUUCCACCUUUCCGACCACCCUCACCCAGCUGCCUUGGCCGCAUCAUCAUCUCUUUCAUCCAACCUCACAACAUUCUCCAACAUUGGAAAUGCCCGUCCUUCCCAGCUCUCUGCUGCAUCCGGUGCCUCCGUGGCAGGUGCAUCAGGUGGAAUCGUACCUCCAGGCAAAGGUCUCCGCGGUGUCCUCGACAAUAUCGUCACCGACGGUAUUCGCAUGGCUGCUGAAGUUAAGAAGCGAAUGGAUGACGCCCAGCGUGAUCUCGAGCGUAGUGCUCUCGGUCGAGAUGAAGAAGAUGACGAGGAAGACGACGACGAAUACCCGCACCGCGGAAGCGUAUCUACUACCGCAAUGGCAGGUGGGAUUUCCAGCUGGGGUGCUGGUGCUUAUGGGGCUGAUCCUGAGCGCCGUAGCGUCCGCGAAGCAGACCGUGACCUUCUUGAAGGAGCUGAAGUCGAAGCCUCUUCCCUGUUGGAUGGAAAGGCCGACUCCGAACCUGGAAGCAGCAAGCAGAGUCCUACUGGUAGGACGACCGGGGCAGCUGAUCAUGAUCCCGAGGUCGUUAGCAAGGUUGUCGAGUUCGAGUCAUGA